AUGACGUUUGUCCCUCUCGGGCCGCCGUAUAAACCCGUACGUGGCAUUCGCGGAGCAGCUAAAGCUGGUGCGUUCCUCUCCCGCUUCUCUAGUUCAGCCUGACAUCCUGCGCUCCUGCGGAGCAUACCGAUUCGAGGCCGGUCCUUUAUAACACCGUGAGCGCUUUGCAAAGCAUUAGAAUCAUGUUUACCGUCUCUGAGCUGGUUUUGUUGCUGGCCGUCCUCUCUGCCACUGCGUCCGGCUACUUCGUUAGCAUAGACGCCCAUGCCGAGGAAUGCUUCUACGAAAAGGUCAACUCCGGCACCAAGAUGGGCCUUAUGUUCGAGGUAGCCGAAGGAGGCUUUCUGGACAUCGAUGUGGAGAUCACAGGGCCAGACGGCAAGCAGAUCUACAAAGGUGACAGAGAGUCCAGUGGAAAAUACUCAGUGGCAGCCCACAUGGAUGGAACCUACAAGUUUUGCUUUAGCAACAAGAUGUCAACCAUGACACCUAAGAUUGUGAUGUUCACCAUUGAUAUUGGGGAGGCACCUAAAGGCCAAGACAUGGAGACGGAAGGUGGCGAGAGCUGGGAUGCUCACCAAAACAAGCUGGAGGAGAUGAUUAAUGAACUGGCAGUGGCCAUGACGGCUGUGAAGCAUGAGCAGGAGUACAUGGAGGUCCGUGAGAGGAUACACAGAGCAAUCAACGACAACACAAAUAGCCGAGUGGUGCUGUGGUCGUUUUUCGAAGCUCUGGUCUUGGUGGCGAUGACGCUUGGACAGAUUUACUACCUGAAAAGGUUUUUUGAAGUACGGCGAGUGGUUUAGUGCAUUUAAAUGAUCCCGUGUCCUCCACUGUUUUCUCCACCACCAGGAUGGCUAUUUACAAUCUGAAAACGAGGCUGGCAGUUUUGAGUAAAGACCAGAUUUCACAUGUUUUGUUGUCUCACACAUUCAGUUACUUCUUUUUAAUGUAAUGUAUGUUUGGAGCCCACAACAAACAAUUAAUUUACCUAGCAUUGUUUGUCAAAUAUUGUUAUAAUUACAGUUAAGUCCAAAUUAAGUGACUACGUUUCAGACUUUGUGCGGCUUAUAAUUUGAAUAUAGGUCAGGCAAAACAAGUAUGAAGAGUUGUCACAAGAUUUCUACCAAACCUUUUAAAAUUAAUAAACGACGCAUUAGCUCAAUGUGUGUGAUGCACAGGCAUUUAGAUAUGUGAUAUCUGUACAUCAUGCUAAGGCUCUCGGACAACAAAUUGGAAAACAAAUUGCACUCCUGAUGAAUUCAUCUAAAGGUUUACUGAAGGAUUUACUUUGCUGGUCUGUAAGGGAAACUCCAGCUUUAUUUAAAGCGAUUCAUUCUGGGGGCAGGACACAGUCCCACUCUCUGUAGUUCUGAAAAUGGUUUCAUGGGUGAAAGAAUUAUUUUUUUUUUUGUUUUGUUUUGUUCUAAGAGUUCACACACUGAUGUAACGUUCGAACCCUUUUAAAGUUUCCUAAAGGGAUAUUGAAUUCAUGUUACACAUUGAUUGGCUGGACAGGUGGGGGUACGACGCCUAAUGACUGCUGUGUGCUUUAGUUCUUCUUAUAUUGUUGGGGAUGGGGGUUUUAAAUUAUACGAUUGUAUACAAAUUGCUUGUUUUUCUUCCCACGAGUAUAUACAGCAACAUGCAGCUGUUUUUCUUUCCCCAUACAAAGUUUAAAAGUUGACGUCCAAGGCAGCAGCCUCACAGUUAGCACUCAGCUGCAUGUCACUGAAUAGGCUCCAGUUUUGUAUUAACAUUUUAGGUGAGCUUGAGCAGAUAAACUGCUCUGUACACAGUCUCUCCCCUUUUUUGUGAUUACAAAAAAUCUGAUAAAUGGAUCUGUAAAAAUGUAGACUGGUUCUGUGUUAAAUACCCCAGGUUUCAUAAUAAAGCCAAUAUUCUGUA